ACCUCGUCCAGCUGGUGGCGGUAAUGCACCUUAACAUUGGAUGUCAACCGCCGUUAAACUCCAUCGAAGAAGAAGACACUUUCCCCUCAUCGGAUCAUUGUUUAAAUCACAAGGAGAGUUACAGAGUAUGAACCCUUGGACAUACAGGUACCUCCAGCGCUCCCUCCUGCCUCACGUUCGGCCCCUGUCCCUGGUGAUCUACCCCAGGCCCCCUUGUAUCCACCCCAGGCUUCUGAACUUGCCCCCGUGGGGUGAAGACCAGAAGAGGGUGAUGUCCUUCCUGCCUCUCUCUCUCUCUCCCUUAAAUGCAGCUGGUGAUUCCAGAGAGCCGGCGGGCAUCUCUCAACAAGAAGCAGCAGUGGAUUGACCAGACGCUGUUUACCAGGAGCCUCCUACAGAGCUCACAGUUCAUCGCUGUCCUUUCCCUGGUGGGGUGAAGACCAGAAGAGGGUGAUGUCCUUCCUGUCUCCAAGGCUUGCCUCAGAAUGUGCUGGGUGGAGAAGUUCAGUGACGUUCCACAGUGCAAGGAGUUCUUGCAGCUCGACAACAACAACAACCAUGAAAUGCAGGUGGAUCAUCCAUACCAGGCUGGGAACUCCGACUAUAAUAACUCAAUACCAAGUAAAGGGGUGAACAGAAGUCACCUCUUCCCAAGUUCACAUGCUCAUGACCUUGAUACUCAGAAGUCCACCUUUACCCUGACCAACAUCGUUCCCCAGGUGGUGUCCUUCAACGAUGGCAGCUGGAAGACAAUGGAGAGAAAUGUCAGAGAAGCUCUUAUGAAGGACUGUAUUAAUAACAACGGGAAUAUAGAAGCCUAUGUGGUGACUGGAGCAGUUCCCAACAACAACAACAACAACAACAACAACAAACUGAACCACAGAGUGAACAUCACAGAUCUCCUGUGGACAACCUUCUGCUGUGAAUACAACCUGGGAGAGAACCAAAAGGAGGACCAGAAGAAAACAUUGCCAUCAAAAACCUUGGCAGAACUGUUUGACAAGCUGAACCAGGGUUAUGAUGAUGGUGUCCAGCUGUUCCCAGAUCAGACCUCAAAAACCUUGGCAGAACUGUUUGACAAACUGAACAAGCAGUAUGGUGAUGGUGUCCAGGUGAUCCCAGAUCAGACCUCAAAUACCUUGGCAGGGUUGUAUGACAUGCUGAACGAGCGUUAUGGUGGUGGUGUCCAGCUGUUCCCAGAUCAGUGUCUAAAUGUUGAUACUCCGAGAGCGCUUCCCCUCAAGGUUGGGGGGGAUGAACAUGAUCAUUGUGUCUAUGAUGAUGACUGUGUCUGUUCCUCUGUGGGGGUCAAAGGUUAUUACCUACCUGUUGUAUUUGUUUCUGUGCUGGUGAUGAUGAUGUAGUGACAUAACCACCAGGAACCUGUGACAUCAUCAGGUCAAGCAGGUAAUAAUGGACCUGGUUUAGUCUGACCUGAGAUUCACGCUGUGAUCAACAUUCACUAUUAAUGACAAUACUUUCUGAACUAUUAGCACAGUAGACUACUGACCUGACCUGCUUUAGUAGACUACUGACCUGACCUGCUUUAGUAGACUACUGACCUGACCUGCUUUAGUAGACUACUGACCUG